AAGUUGUACUGUUCUUCACAUUUGCGAACAGCUUCCUCAAAUUCUCAAAGUAAGCGGGCUCCAAUUUCCAGAGUCCAAACACGACCUUAAGUUUUAGUUAAGAAAAGCAGGGUAAAAAAAAAACAAAAAAAAAGCUGACAACCAUGACUGAAGGCAGUUUCCUAUCAAGUUCUUAUGUGAUCUCAUCUUCGCACCGUCUUGUUCUUCUGUAGCAAUACACGUUCGACAAGAAACCAAGUUGGAACCCCACAAGAAUCUCUCAAUGAUUUUAUUGUGCCUUAAGUCCCAGUAAAGAAAAGAGAGAAAAACAGAACAAACAAAACCUUUGACGCUGUCUUUCUCUAGCAAUGAAAGCGAAUCUAAGUGAGCACACAGGCCACAAAGGCAAUGCACCGACUGUAUUUGUUCUCAUUUUUGGAUCUGAGUCUUAAUUUGAAUGUUCUGCAGCUUGCAGGAGAUUGUUUUGCGUGCUUUUCUCUCAUCUGGGUUCGUGUAUUUUCUCUUGUUUUGUAGUUUUUACAUGGUUUAUGCGUGGAGGAUGAGGAAGAGAUAGCUGGGUUGAGGAAUGCUGAGAAAGAACAGAAAGAACGGACCAAGAAUUUAGCAAAGGUCAUUUCGUUGAGAAGUUGCUUAGAAACUAUCAGUACUUAAUCUCUUGGACUUGCCCUGUAGUUUAUGCCUGAAGAUUUCAAAAGAUUCUGAUUGCAAACAAUCGUUGAAAAGUUUGGACAGAAUAUCCAAAACUAUAAUAUGUACAGAUCAUUUGUCACAUGUGAUGAUCCGAAAGGAGUUGUAGAAUGCGGGACAAUUAGAAAAUCCAAGAGUGGUUCCCACAAAAUGGAGCAUAAGAUCAUAAGCCAUAAAGCACAGAAGAACUCCAAAGCAGAUUUUACAGUCAUAGCUGAAAAGAAGGAGCUGGUCUCUAAAGGGAUUGUGGAAGAGUGUCGCACUCCAUCUUCAUUUCAACUCCUGGAGGUCUCAAGAGGAGCUCAGAAGCUAAACCAGACGGUCAACUCGUGGUCUAAGGGGUUGAGCUCUGAUGGCCAGUCUAAAGAUAUUGCAAAAGAUUUGUUGAAAGGGGCUCUUGAUAUGCAGGAGUCUCUCCUCAUGCUUGGCAAGCUGCAAGAAGCCUCGCAUUAUAUGGCCCAGCUGAAAAGGCAGAAGGAGAAGCUAAAAAGAGGAAAAAUUAAUGAAGUUGGGGCUGAAAUGAUGAAUUCACAUCAAUUUGGUGAUCAACAUUGCCAGACAGGAUUUCAGAGGCCACUGCGUUCUGCUGAUGGUUCUUCCAAUUAUUGCAUUGAUGAGCUUAAGAAAGCAAUCACAGAUAGCCUUGGUAGGCAUAAUUUGCUCCCAAACAGAACCACCCAAGAGAAGACGUCCAAAGAGAGGAGAAAGAGGGACUCAGCUUCAGAUGUCCCCACCACAAGCUCAAGCCAGUCAUCAGUGGCUCAGUCUAGCAGCAGUCAUUCUACUCGCUCCAUAUCUACAGCAGCUCCUCCAAGGAAGGAAAACAGUCCAAAUCUGAUUGCCAAGCUAAUGGGUCUCGAAGACAUGCCAUCAAAACCAUUGCAAAAACAUCCACACAAACAGUUGGAUGUUGAGACUGAUUUAAGUCGGAGGAGGCCAAGGCCAGUCUUUGAUAUUGAAAUGCCGAAGGUAAGGAAGCCUCAACCCUUAAUGCAUAAGGUACGUCCAGAGCAAAGAGCACUGAAGGAUAUUCUUGAAACCAUGCAAUUUAAAGGACUCCUGAAAUGCCAUUCAGUCAAAGAGCUCAAGUCCUGGUCCCAUCACUCCAGAGAAACGCAUACCAACCGGAGGUCUAGUAAUUAUAUUUCACCUAUUGUACUAAUAAAACCUGGUAUGUCAUGCUUCGAAUCAAAAGAGGUGCCUGCAUCAAUGGUUUGGAAAAUGGGAACAUUGAAAGCUGAAUUGAUGCCACGAAAAGUGAAGUUAAAAAAAGGACCCGAACCUGAUACUAGAUCAGUAGACUACAAAGAGGGGCCACGAAAAGUGAAGUUAAAAAAAGGACCCGAACCUGAUACUAGAUCAGUAGACUACAAAGAGGGGACUUAUAGCACUAGCAAAAUGCUGCGUAAAACAGAAGUUGAUAAGCCUACAAACAAAAGGCUGGGCGAGGAGGAAGGAACUAAGGACCGCAGAGAGGUAGUUGUGAUACCAGAAGAAAAAGAUAUCAAAACAGCUGUCCAGGACGACGUUGCUGUUCGUGAAAACAAAGGGAAUGCAGAGCUGGAACCCGAAGAGACUUUAAUAAAACCGCUAAGCAAGGACCGAGUAGAGGACCUCAAAGAUGCAGUUCCAAGAGCAGAAGAGCAAAGAAUUAAGACAAAAUUGAAGGGUUCGUCCAAGUUGAAAGCUAGCUGUCCUGUAGCUAACCAACAACAGAAAAAAGAGACAGCUGUGAAAAAGGUAAAUAAGACUCAGAGGGUGGAUACUGAUAGCAGGAAACGGAUAGAGACAGAGGUUGUGAAGCCUAAAAAUGUAUCAAGAUCUCAAGAACAAGCCAAGGUAAUCUCAACAAAGACAAGAAUUGAAAAUGGAUCAAUGACUACAAAGACUCAAGUUACUCAACAGAGCAGUACGAAUCAAAAAUCCAUCUUGAAACACACAACAAAAACCACAGUUCACAGUCCUAAAGAUCAUAGGCGGAAGAUAGUUGCUGAGCCUACAACAGAAAAACCAACUAAUGAGGAACUAGGAUGCAAAGAAGACGACAAAAAGAAUGGCCACAAAUAUGAUGCUGAUCCUGUUUCCAAAGUAACCAACACCCCACUUGCUGAUCAACCAUCUACAGAGGAGGAAGCAAAUGUCUUAAAAUUUCAUAAUGAAGAACAUUGCAGUGACAGCCAGAGUUCUCCCUGCAAUCAUACAUUGGUGACAUCUGAACAUGAGGAAGUUGCAAAAUCUCCUGAAGAAGCCAACAAUGAUACGGGUCUCAUGGGAGGAGAUGGAGAAAGUUCCAAAAACGGAAUCCAAUUGAAUGCUUUACUUUUGAGCAGUCCAUUGUUUCUCACUCGUGCAGAGGAGCUUUUCGAUCUCAAUAUGAAUAGCCUCGAGACCUUUCCAACAUCUGGCAUCUGCGAUUAUCGAAUAGCCAGCAUGGAACUUUCUUUAGAUUAUGCUAAUGAAUACAUUGAACGUAGAAGCUGUGUAGAUUCACAAACAAGGCACCCGCUGUUACAAACUUGUACAGGAGAUUCAAGACUUAAUCUUUCUUUAGAGGAGCUGGUGGAGGAAGUUGUUAAUGGAGCUAAGACUCUUACUAGUUAUUGCAAGCUUGGCUUGUACAACCCUCCAGAUGAAACGUAUGGGAUACUGGAAAAAGAUAUAAGAUGUGGAUCAGGAGUAGUGAGUGGAACAUGGGAUUUGGGGUGGAGGAACGGAUUUUCUGUGGAUGAAGCUGAGCAAACUGUGAAUGACGUAGAGAAGUUGCUUAUAAGUGAGUUGAUUGAGGAGAUGUUUACAUGAUUAGAGCUCUUAACCCUUUAUGUUAAGCAAACUUCUCCAGCUUUGCAGGUCUGAGAGGUAAGAAUUCAGAAGUUGUCAGCGUGAGUAAGCUAAGCUAGGUAGGGGCUUGCUGUUUAUAUGGCCAUCUAAUUAACAUACAAACAUUUAGGAUUUAAGCUAGGAGGUGGUAUGGUCAUCCAAAAAUGUUUUGGGGCAGAAAGACCACCACAUGUGACAUAUACACAAGUAAACUCAUGAAACCAAGCUUUUCAGGAUAAGUAGUUGAUUCCUUGGGUAUCUGUCUUGAAUCCUGUUGAUCAAUUUAUAUGCAUUUGCUUUUCUAAUGUUGACAAAGGAC